UUUUCUAAGUCAAUAGUAAAAAUGCAAAAAAAUUAUAAGGUGGAUUUUUUUUUAAAAUAAUUAGGCCAAACUGGAAAAAUCUGUUUGUUGAUUUGAAAGAGAGAACAAGAAACCCCAAAUCUUGCGAUUUAUUAGGACUGAAAAAAUGGCGACUGAACCAAAAGCUGCUGCUACUGAGGACAUCAAGAUGGAUCUCUUUGAGGACGACGAUGAAUUUGAGGAAUUUGACAUCAAUCAAGAAUGGGAGGCUAAGGAGGAAGGGAAAGAAGUGACCCAACAGUGGGAAGACGAUUGGGAUGAUGAUGAUGUCAAUGACGAUUUCUCUCUUCAGCUGAGGAGGGAAUUGGAGAACAACAACGCCGCCGAGAAGAACUAAACUUUUAGCUUGUUUGUCUCUUCGUUUUCAUUAUCUGUAGUUUCAGAGCUCUAGACGAAUUUUCCAUGUCUAACAUGAAGAAGAAUAUACGAACCAGUUAAAUUGAAGGUUCCUAAAACAUUUCUGUUUGGGAAGUUAGAGUUUUGGGUUUUGAUGUUCUGAGCUUGUUGGAGACAUCACAAAUUUAAGGAAAUUGAAAAUUGAAAAAUUAGAAAAUUUA